GAUCAGUCGUAUACCUUUCUACAGUAACCAACAGUUUCGGCCGUGCGGGUUAAUUUCGUUAGAAAAUAUGGCUUGAGGUUGCCUGCUUUUUUCUGAAAAGGUGCCCAUAUGUUGGCCCUGUAGCAGUUCAGGUUGGCUGUUCCUGCAGUUCCAUGGUCCUGGAGGCUUCAUGGAUGUUGUGAGCUAGUACUGAGGUUGUUGCUGAACCGUAGUACUGAAGUGGACAGAGAGAGCUAGAUUAUAGGAAGCUGAGUGGGGUUCUGAUGAAUGGGAUGCGGUGAGCUGUGAUAAAUGACAUUUUUGCUUGGACAGAGCUUCAAUCAUGGAUAGGUGACUAGGAUCCGUCUGCUUCCGAUUGCCUCUCGUUGAACCGGUCUCUGCACGCUCUGUCGUUGCAGUCUGUCUCACUGCCUGUAAGUAAGACUGCUUUCAAUGACAAGAGAGCUGCGAAGUUCUUCUGCUCUACUCGAUACAUGCCUUUAGCUUUUUCCCAAUUUACUGUGUUAAUACACGCGCUGUGCCCGGAGUUAGUGUGUAACGGUGAAGCUGCGGUACACCGAGUGAACGGCAACCACAUUGUAUGAGAUCAGACUACUCUGGAGUUAGCAUUCUACUCUUUGCCGUUGAAUUUCUGAUAUUCAGAGUAAAGCUCCAGUCAGCGCCAUCCAUUACCUGCGGUGUUUGAAGCCCAGCUAUCCAUUUGGACGCAUUUAGUCAAGUUGAUAUUUUUUUUUCUGCUGCGCAAUUCGCCGAAUUCGGAAGAGAUGGUUGGGGUCGCAAAGAAAAUGAGAAGCGACCGAAAUGUAGCAAGGAAGGUUGAUCUGCUCGUUCAAAUUGCGGUAGGGCUCUUGUUGGCCAUCUCAGGAUGCAGAGCGUGGAACUGCUCGCCCACGGAUACGCAGAUAUUGAUAGAUUUCAAGUCGGGGUUUAUUGACAGGAACAUGGUGUUUUCAACCUGGGAUGCAAGCACUAAUUGCUGCACAUGGAGCGGCGUCAAGUGUCGAGAGGGAGAUGGCGCCAUCCUGGAGCUUGAGAUCAAGGGAACGUCAGCGUAUAAUCAGCAGACCUACCGCGACACAAGUUACCAAGGGGGAACCGUAGGCGCAGGGCUGGUGAACCUCACUUAUCUGCGAAAGCUCAAGAUCCAGUGGGUUCUCUUGAAUGGCCCCAUUCCCUUGCAGUGGGGCGAAUUCUCCAACAACCUCGUGUCCAUCACUAUCAACAACGCCAAUCUCCGAGAUGACAUCCCCUCCAACUUAGCCGGCAUCCAAAGCCUGGAGAAGCUGGACCUCAAGUCCAACCACCUCACGGGCUCCAUCCCCUCCUCCUUCUGCAACCACAAGAACAUCAAACACAUUGACGUCUCUUACAACGACAUGAACUACAUCCUCGUCCCGACUUGCUUACAGGCUCAGGAUUCCGUCAUGGUUUCCUACAGCAACCAGGGCCAGAGCACCAGCCCCGGCCAGCCUGCUGUUGCCUCUGCCCUUACCAUCACCUUUUCCAUUGUCGUUUCAUUCGGAGCUCUCUCCACUGCCCUAUUGUUCUUGUAAACAGCACUCGAUUUUGCAUUAUAUCGAUUUGCCUUGAAAAUCAGGAUGCAAUCGUGGGAGCAUGUCCACCGACGCGAACUGAGCCCGGAAUAGAAUUUUGAUUCAGCCUCCCUCGCUCUCUCCUCGUAAUACGUUGUACUCAGGAUUUAAGCUAAUAAGUGAUUCCACACUCUCUUAUAGAGAUUGGCGUGUAUUUUAGUAGGAUCCUAAUCUUGUAGAAAUUCUCAAGUAUAUUGGGAGUGUAGUUCUGAGAUCAAGAAUAAAACUGAUAAUAUUUUCCAACUCCUAUUGGUUUCCGGUUCACAA